AGAGCACUCAGCGGUUCCCUGUUUUUCCAGGCAUGGCUUCCUCUUAUCUUCUACUUGUGGUUUCGAUUCUAUGCAUCUAUGGAGGAUGCGGCGCGUUGGCGGCAAUUCCUGCAAAGAUUGGCAAAGGGUAUCGUCUGAUAUCCAUUGAAGAGACUCCUAAUGGAGGUCUUCUGGGCCAUCUUCAAGUCAAGCAAAAGAACAACAUCUACGGUGCCGAUAUCCCACAUUUGCAGCUCCAUGUCAAGCAUGAGACGCAAGAUCGUUUGAGGGUGCACAUCACCGACGCAGAGAAGCAGAGAUGGGAAGUUCCGUACGAUCUGUUGCCCAGAGAGAAGCCUCUACCAUUGAGACAGGCCAUUGGAAGAUCAAGGAAAACUCUAUCAACAGCUACUGACUACCCGGGUUCUGAGCUCAUAUUCAGCUACACUACAGACCCAUUUGGGUUUGCAGUGAGAAGAAAAUCCACCGGCGAAACCCUUUUCAAUACGACUUCCGAUGACUCAGACCCGUAUGGUAAUAUGGUGUUUAAGGACCAGUACCUCGAAAUUUCCACCAAAUUGCCUAAAGAUGCCUCACUGUACGGGUUGGGGGAGAACACUCAACCGCAUGGAAUCAAACUGUAUCCAAAUGAUCCCUAUACUCUGUAUACAACAGAUAUAUCGGCCAUUAAUCUAAAUGCAGAUCUGUACGGGUCUCAUCCAGUGUACAUGGAUCUCAGGAACACCGGUGGGAAAGCUUAUGCACACUCGGUCUUGUUGCUGAACAGCAACGGGAUGGAUGUGUUCUACAAGGGAAGUUCAUUGACAUACAAGGUGAUUGGGGGUGUCUUUGAUUUCUACUUCUUUGGUGGUCCAACGCCACUAUCUGUUGUUGAUCAGUACACUAGCUUGGUGGGUAGGCCUGCUCCAAUGCCCUACUGGUCUCUAGGAUUCCACCAAUGUAGAUGGGGUUACCAUAAUCUAUCUGUAGUUGAAGAUGUGGUUGAGAACUACAAAAAGGCUCAAAUCCCGCUUGAUGUGAUAUGGAAUGAUGAUGAUCAUAUGGAUGGGCACAAGGACUUCACUCUCAACCCUGUCAACUACCCUCGCCCAAAGCUGUUGGAGUUCCUGAACAAAAUACAUGAUCGGGGCAUGAAGUACAUUGUUAUCAUUGACCCUGGAAUUGGUGUGAAUUCAACCUAUGGUGUGUAUCAAAGAGGUAUGGCCAAUGAUGUUUUUAUCAAGUAUGAUGGUGAACCCUUCUUAGCUCAAGUCUGGCCUGGGCCUGUUUACUUCCCUGACUUCCUUAACCCAAAAACUGUUUCAUGGUGGGGUGAUGAAAUUCGGCGGUUCCAUGAACUUGUUCCUGUUGAUGGUCUUUGGAUUGAUAUGAAUGAGGCUUCGAAUUUCUGUAGUGGGAAGUGCACAAUCCCAAAGGGUAAGGUGUGCCCCAGUGGAACUGGACCUGGGUGGAUAUGUUGCUUGGAUUGCAAGAACAUAACAAAAACAAGAUGGGACGACCCACCUUAUAAGAUCAACGCUUCAGGAUUGGAGGUUCCGAUUGGGUACAAAACCAUAGCCACCAGUGCAGUUCACUACAAUGGGGUUUUGGAGUAUGAUGCACAUAGUCUCUAUGGUUUCUCUCAAUCCAUUGCGACCCAUAAGGGCCUCCAAGGGCUUGAGGGCAAACGCCCCUUCAUAUUAUCCCGCUCUACUUAUGUUGGGUCAGGCAAAUAUGCUGCCCAUUGGACGGGUGACAAUAAGGGCACUUGGGAUGAUAUAAAGUAUUCGAUUUCUACUAUGCUGAACUUUGGUAUAUUUGGGGUGCCAAUGGUUGGUUCAGACAUCUGUGGAUUCUAUCCAGCACCCACAGAGGAGCUUUGCAACAGAUGGAUUGAGCUAGGUGCUUUCUACCCUUUCUCAAGGGAUCAUGCAAACUACUAUUCCCCAAGACAGGAGCUUUAUCAAUGGGACUCGGUGGCUAAGUCUGCUCGAAAUGCUCUGGGAAUGAGGUACAAGCUCCUUCCAUAUCUGUACACAUUGAACUAUGAGGCACAUAUCAGUGGUGCCCCAAUUGCCAGGCCGCUUUUCUUCACAUUCCCAACUUUCUCCAAGUGUUAUGAGGUGAGCACCCAGUUCUUGCUAGGUAGCAGUAUCUUGGUGUCUCCAGUGCUUGACAAGGGGAAAACCAAGGUCAAUGCUCUCUUUCCUCCUGGUACCUGGUACAAUUUAUUUGAUUUGAAGGAGACCAUUGUAUCAGAGGGUGACUACCGCUCUCUAGAUGCACCAUUACAUGUGAUCAAUGUUCAUGUGUACCAAAAUACCAUACUCCCAAUGCAGCAGGGUGGACUGAUUUCGAAGGAAGCCAGGAUGACACCCUUCACUCUCAUUGUAACCUUCCCGGCAGGAGCAACUGCGGGACAUGCUGAAGGGAAACUCUACCUUGAUGAUGAUGAGCUCCCUGAAAUGACUCUUGGAAAUGGAUUUUCCACAUAUGUUGAUUUACAUGCAACUGUGGAGAAUAAAAUGGUGAAGGUAUGGUCAGAUGUUGCGGAGGGCAAAUAUGCUUUGGAGAAGGGUUGGACCAUAGAGAAGAUAACAGUGUUGGGAUUGAGUGGAAGCGGAGAGUCAUUUGCUCUCGAGGUUGAUGGAAUUUCAGUGUCAGAUGUCUCCCAUGUACAGCUUACUGCAUCUGAACAGCAUGUAGCCACUGAUAAGUUAGAAGAUGGAGUAGAUACGAGGAAGAGCAUGAUGAUAGAAAUUCAGGGAUUGGACCUGCCAGUAGGGAAAAACUUUGCCAUGUCCUGGAAAAUGGGCGUCCAUGGUUAAGGUCCCUGCCUUUUUAGAUUUGCUUGUUUAGUAUUUUUCCUUUUUCUUUUUUUUGUUUUCAAAUUUUCUUUCUUCAAUUGUUGAUGCUUUUGGUGCUUCACAUUUGUGUUGCUGGAGAUGAGAUGGGCGAAGAAUGCUCUCCAUUUCCCAUGCACACAAGCAGGGAUGAUGAGGACUUGACUCUCUUGCUUUGCUUUAGGCUUUCUUUGAAUCUCUAGGCUUGUAGCUUCAAUGCAGUUUUAUAAUGUUAUGAAUCUUUGAGAUCUAUCUUGCCUUC